GACAUGGGGAAUAAGCAAAGCGUCUUCACGGCAGGGCAGCUGGACGCCUACCAGGACUGCACGUACUUUACAAGAAAAGAAAUUCUCAGACUCUUCCACCGCUACCACGACCUGGCGCCGCAGCUCGUUCCCCUCGACUACACCGAGCAGCCGGAUGUGAAGCUACCCUACGAGCUGAUCGGCAGCAUGCCCGAGUUGAAGGACAACCCGUUCCGUCAGAGGAUCGCUGAGGUUUUCUCCGAGGACGGCCAGGGGAACAUGACGCUGGACGACUUCCUGGACAUGUUCUCGGUUCUGAGUGAGAUGGCACCGCGUGACCUCAAAGCAUACUACGCUUUCAAGAUUUACGAUUUCAACAAUGAUGACUUCAUCUGCAAGUCGGACCUGGAGAAGACGCUGAACAGGCUGACGCGCAACGAGCUGACAGAGGACGAGGUGCGCAUGGUGUGCGAGAAAGUACUGGACGAGGCCGACAUGGACAACGACGGCCGUCUGUCGCUGGAGGACUUCCAGCACAUGAUCGUCAGGGCGCCAGAUUUCCUCAGCACCUUCCAUAUAAGAAUAUAA